AUGGAAAAUUUCAUAGCCACUCAAGCUCAGACUAAUAAGGACUUCCUAAACCAAAACGUACACACAAAUGAGCAAAUCAAACAGUUGGCCACUAAAGUAGACGAGUUAGCCACUCACAACAAGAUGCUUGACACACAAAUCUCUCAAGUGGCACAACAACAAGCACCUACUGCCGCACCUGCCGGUACGUUUCUUGGACAACCACAACCGAUUCCGAAAGGACAUGCUCAUGCUAUUAUUCUGCGAAGUGGUAAAGAGAUGGACGAACCAACUAACCCUAGACUUAAAAACCCUACUAUGUUCCAAAGCCCUAGUAAAACAGUUGAGAAAAAAAGUGGGCCCAAAGAUAAAUCAAGUAACCCAAAAGAGAAAGAGGACAAGGAAGGCGAGACGGAGGGAAAAGAAGCGCCAUAUGUACCUCCACCACCAUAUAAACCACAUAUCCCGUACCCUCAAAGAUUCGAAAAAUCUAAAAGCAUAAGGCAGUUUAAGAAAUUUGUUGAACUUCUUAAACAGUUAAACAUUAAAAUUCCUUUUACAGAAGCUAUUACACAAAUGCCCUCAUAUGCUAAAUUUCUCAAAGAAAUCCUAUCGAACAAGAAAAAGAUAGAAGACAAUGAGACCAUAACACUCACUGCCGAAUGUAGUGCGAUAAUUCAAAAAAAAAUGCCACCUAAGCUGAAGGACCCAAGGAGUUUCUCCAUACCCUGCAAUAUAGGAAAAAAUUUCACAGACAAAGCUCUGUGA